AUGUCUGUUUACUUUCCAACUCGAUCAUUUCAAAUUUAUCAAACAUUCGCUGCAAAUACCAAUCUCGGGAAAACUCUAUUUUCGGCUGGUCUAUUGCGAGCAGCUGCUACCCAUAAAAAAGUUUCAAAACUAUUUUAUCUGAAGCCUGUUCAAACUGGCUAUCCGGUCGAUAGUGACGCGAGAUUUGUGGAUAGUUUUGUCAAUAGUAAAAUAUUAAAUACGAGAACACUGUAUUCUUAUGAGAAGCCCGUUAGUCCUCAUAUUGCAACCGAUAAGCCUCCAAAUGAUAAAGAUGUCUUGUCGCGGGUAAAAUCUUAUAUUGCUGAGUGUCAAAUUCAAUUGGGAUCGAAUGAUGAAGGAAAACUGAUUCUGGAAACUGCUGGUGGCGUCAACAGUCCGAUUAUGUCGGGGACUUUGCAGUGUGAAUUUUAUCGGCCACUUCGUUUGCCUACUAUUUUGAUAGGAGAUAGUAAAUUAGGCGGAAUUUCCACUACAAUAUCAUCUUUUGAGGCUCUUCAUUUGCGUGGUUAUGAUAUUCCCGCGAUACUUUUAUUCCAUGACACUGAAUACAAUAAUUUUCAGUACUUAAAAGAAUACUUCAGAAAAUAUGACACUUGCAUACAUUCAAUCUCACCACCACCACCAAAAAAUAGCGCAGCAGAAAAGGAUCACGAAAAUCUACGAGACUAUUUCUCUAGCACGUCACAAGAUUUUCAAGCCAUUUUAAAACAAUUAAAUGAAUGGCAUCAUCUUCGAUUUGAUCGACUCGAGAGUAUGGAAAAAAAGACGAUGAAAAAAAUUUGGUGGCCAUUUACACAACAUCAACGAGUAAAGAAUGUUACAAUAAUUGAUUCGGCUCAUGAUGAUUUCAUGAUCACGUUCAAUAGGAAUAAUGAUAGUGAGGGUGCGGGACAAGUACAAAUGAAAGAAAUGUUUGAUGCAUGUGCAAGUUGGUGGACUCAAGGUUUAGGACAUGGUUCAUCAAAGUUAUCCUUAGCAGCGUCAUAUGCAGCUGGACGUUACGGUCAUGUUAUAUUUCCAGAAUGUAUUCAUGAACCUGCAUUAGAUUUAGCAGAAAAAUUAUUGGAAGGGGUUGGAAAAGGUUGGGCAACACGUGUUUUCUACAGUGAUAAUGGAAGUACUGCAAUCGAAGUUGCAUUGAAAAUGGCAUUGAAAACCAAUCUUAAAAGAAACAAUAUAAAAGAUGAGGAUGCCAUCAAACAAGCAACAGAAAAAGAAUUUUUAAUAUUUGGAAUUGAAGGAAGUUAUCACGGAGAUACAAUUGGAGCUAUGGAUGCGUGUGGACCGAAUGUUUAUAAUGAAAAAGUUAAAUGGUAUAAGCCAAGAGGAUAUUGGUUUGAAGCACCAACAGUUUAUUUAAAGAAUGGAAUGUAUUUGGUAGAUAUUCCUAAAUCUAUUCAUCCAGAUCAUACAAAUAUGACAUAUUCCGUUCCUUCAUUCGACUUGAUAUUUAAUCAAGACCAACCAAUAGCAUCUGAUCUUGUGAAGAUAUAUGAAGAUCAUAUAGGGAGAAUACUUUCUUCAUGCAUUCAUUCAAAUAAAUAUCAAUUUGGUGCUCUCAUUUUGGAGCCAAUCCUAAUGGGAGCUGGUGGAAUGAAACUAGUUGAUCCACUAUUUCAACGUGUUUUAAUUGACGAAGUCAGAAAGAAUAAGAUUCCUGUUAUUUUCGAUGAAGUUUUCACUGGGUUAUGGAGAUUAGGAUGCAGAAGCGGUGCUGACUUACUGGGAAAGAAACCAGAUAUCGCAACAUACGCUAAGCUUCUUACUGGUGGACUAAUACCAUUAGCAACAACACUUACCACCGAAUCAGUUUUCGAGAACUUUAUUGGCUCAGAGAAAACGGACGCGUUACUUCAUGGCCACUCGUAUACAGCUCAUCCGAUAGGAUGUUCCGUUGCAAGAGCAUCCCUUGACGAGUAUGAGGAAUUUAAUAAGAAUAGUUUACACUGGAACACCGCGAAAUCACAAUGGGCUUAUAACGAGAACACAAGCGACGGCAGCAAUAAAGAACCAAUCGUUUGGAGUUUUUGGGAUAAAGAGGUCGUUCAUCAUCUUUCGCAUCUACCUAAAGUUAAAGGAGUUAUGACGCUGGGAUACGCUUCAAAUGCUUCACAAGCUAUUGUAAAGGAACUUUAUUCGUCAUUCACAUCAAAGAAUUUUGGAAUCUAUGCAAGACCACUUGGGAAUGUUGUGUAUUUGAUGACUUCACAUAUCACGUCACCUACUAAUAUACGCGCAGUCGAAGAAAAGUUGGUUGAAUGCAUAAAAUCUUCAAAAUAG